AUGGCCGUGGACUUCCUCCCAGAGAACGUCAAGUUGCCCGUCGGGCAGCGUGUUUACUCGGAGAAGAAAAUGGAGCACGAGGGCAUGAAGCCCCACCGCCGGCUUGUGGCCAUGUCGACGCUCUUCGUGUACACUGCCUGGCCCUACAUCCUCAUGUUUCUCCUCAUCUUCUCAUGGUGGCGACCGGUUCUAAUCUUGAACCUGGCGCUGUAUUCAACGGUCCUCUUUCCCACCAAGGUCUUUUGGCCUGAAUUUCUGAACAUGAGCAUGUUCAACACGUGGCGGGAGUAUUUCAGCUUCUCCUACAAAUUUGAGGAGGAGCUGGAUGCAGGGAGCAGGUACAUUAUUGCCGAAUUCCCCCAUGGUACAUAUCCAGUAGGCCCCCUCCUGGCUGGAACGCUGAUACCCAGGAUGUUCCCUGGCCGCUGCGUGUUGAGUGUGGGGGCAUCGGUCCUGUUCAGAAUUCCACUCUACAAACAGAUGUUUUCAUGGAUGGGCUGCCAGCCAGCUGACCGCAAAACUUUCCAAAGCCUGCUGGAGAAAGCGGAUGUGGCUGCUGUCGUUGGAGGUGUGGGUGAGAUGUUUAUGCAAUAUGAAGAGAAGGAACAGGUCCUCCUUGGAUCCCGGAAGGGCUUCAUCAAGAUGGCCCUGGCCAAUGGGGCAGACCUGCUGCCCGUCUACCACUUUGGCAACAGCCGAGUAUUGAGCAUUGGGCCACGAUCACUAAUGAACUUUUGUAGAAGACUUCGCAUCAGUGUGGGCAUCCUUGUCGGCAGGUGGGGCCUCCCUCUGCCAAGAGAAGUCCCGAUCUACAUGGUUGUGGGUCGGCCAGUGAAAGUGGAAAAGGUUGGGUGGGAUAGCCCAAACUUUCAGGAGAAAGUGAAUGAGCUUCACGAGAAGUUCAAAAAGGAGCUGCAGCGAUUGUAUGAGGACAACAAAGCCGACUUUGGCUGGGCGAAGAGGCCCCUGGUGAUUGCAUGA